GUUCAGAUUGGAUGGAUAUAAGAGUAGUCUUGAGAGGGGGCCCCCUUACUCAAGGGUCUGGAGAUGCCCCUUCCUGGGAGAGGCUUCGGGCUUGGGAAGGGCAGCCAAGACUGCGGCAGAGCAAGUGAGGCCGGCUGUACAAAUGCUGCAGUGGGCAGCUGAGGGCUCCAGGGGAGACAGAGACCUGGGUUUUAGAGGAUUUGGGACUGUCCAUUUGUGGCAUUUUCAGAAACUGGAGGAGAGUUGGUAGAGGUCACGUUUUCUUUCUUAAUUGACCCUCUUUUAAAGGCUAUGCUUACGCGCUGCUGCCCGGGAAAGUGCGGGACUAGGGGUUAAGGGCGGGUCUCUUAGCAUCAGGCCAAAGGGACCAAGUGGAAGUCGGGGAGUCAAGACCAAGGGUGCACCCCAGCACUGGGGGAAGGGGCUUCUGUAAUCUAGGGGCUGUUCUGGGAAUUCCUUGCUGGAAUUCUACAUCCCCACCAAAUCCUACAGGACAGGGAAAAUGCGGGAGUCUGGCUUUGGCGAGCGUCUCUCCACGUUUAUUUCGUGGCUUGUGGCUGGAUUGGAAGAAAAUAAGAAUCGUUAACUUUUCCAUCCCCACUGUCCAUAAACGGGAAGGCGGCACGCAGUGUUAGGGACCGGUAGGGCUCGUCCGCCCCUCCUUCACUCCCUUCCUCUGGCGCGGCCUGGAGGCGGGGGCGCCAACCCUCGCCAAAAGGGCGCUCGCGGGCCGGGGCCCCGCGCUCGCGGUUCCCGGGGGAAGCCGCGUUGCCAGGUUGGGUUUAACGCCUCCGCCCGAGCGCAGAUUGUCCGGGGCUGAAGGCGCCACCUCUGGCGCUCAGGCGCGAGCCGCCCCUCCCGCGCAGCGGUCUUCCCUCUCCACUUGGCCCUCCUUCCGCACUUCCACAGCCGUCCCUUAGCUCCACCCCGGCCACGCGCCUUCCCCGACCUCCGGCCGGCUUCUGAGCCUGCAGGCUCCGGGCAGAGCGCAGGGUGUGGGUCGCUAUCGCAGCCUGGCCUCCGACUCCGAGUAGUCGGCGUGGGGAGACAGGAUGCAGGCAGGCGGGGGCGCCGCGACGGGACGCCGGGCCUUCGAUAGCAUCUGUCCCAACAGGAUGCUGGAGCUGCGGGGCCGGCCCUUCGGCAAACCUGAGAAGCUAGAGAGGAAGUUCGCCUCUCCGCGGAAGUUCUUUCCUGGCUGCAGCGGCGGCAGCACGGUGUUGGUGUAUGAGGAUCCCCGCGACGCGGAGCCCGCUGCGCUGCCAGCCCUCACCACCAUAGACCUGCAGGACCUCGCCGACUGCUCCUCGCUGCUCGGGUCCGACGCGCCGCCUGGUGGUGACUCGGCCACCUCGCAGAACCAUUCCCUGCAAACCCCAGCGGACUUCGACCUGCAAGAUUUCAGAGACACCGUGGACGAUCUCAUUGCAGACUCAUCCUCUUUGAUGUCGCCUCCCCUGGCCGGCGGAAACUUCCCCUUCUCUCCUUGCGAUGUAUUGCCCUUCGGGUCCUGUCUCUCCCCGCCGCUGGACCCACGGGCCCUGCAGUCACCGCCGCUUCGUCCUCCGGACGUGCCUCCGCCAGAGCAGUACUGGAAGGAGGUGGCCGACCAGAACCAGAGGGCGUUGGGGGACGCGCUCGUUGAGAAUAACCAACUGCACGUGACGCUGACCCAGAAACAGGAGGAGAUCGCCUCGCUCAAGGAGCGGAACGUGCAACUGAGGGAACUCGCCAGUCGCACCCGGCACCUGGCCUCAGUGCUGGAUAAACUGAUGAUCACGCAAUCCCGGGAUUGCGGGGCGGCAGCAGAGCCCUUCCUGCUCAAGGCGACCGCCAAAAGGAGCCUGGAGGAGUUGUUCAGCGCUGCGGGGCAGGAUUGCACGGAAGUGGACGCCAUCCUGAGGGAGAUUUCCGAGCGCUGCGAUGAAGCGCUGCAGAGCCGCGAUCCCAAGCGGCUUCGGCUGCAGCCGGAGCCCGGGAGCACGGACGGCAGGCCCGGGAACCUGCACGGCGCCUUCCGGGGGCUGCGCACAGACUGCAGCCGGAGCGCGCUGAACCUGAGCCACAGUGAGCUGGAGGAGGGCGCCUCCUUCAGCACCCCCAUCCGCAGCCAUAGCACCAUCCGCACCCUCGCUUUCCCUCAGGGCAAUGCCUUUACCAUCCGGACAGCCAACGGGGGUUACAAAUUCCGCUGGGUCCCCAGUUGAGCUGGGCUCCAAAACACUCCCCUGUAUCCUGACUGAAGCGCCUGGAAGCCAAGCGGGAGUAGCUGGUAUUGUUUCCUGAACUUGGCUUCUCAGAACUCCCCCUGCAGGGGGGAUGCCACCCUGAAACUUACUUUUUUCAGGAACAGAAAUGUCUUGACACUGAUGCACUGUAAAGUUCUGGUACGAAAUGUUGAAUAGUCCCUCCCCUUUUCACAGCAAAACAGUGCGCGCGCGCGCGUGUGUCUGUGUGUGUGUGUUUGUGUAUGUCUAUGUAUACUUAUACACACACAUAUAUCACAGUCAAUUUUAAAAGUAUUUAUUUUGAAUUAUGUACUUUUAAGAGCUGGAAGGGACUUACAAACCACUUGUCUAUUUUAUAGUUAUAUAAUGCCCUACUUUUAUAAAAAGGAAAAGGCGGCUCUAAGAGGUUAAGUAAUUUCCUACAAUUAGCAUUAUUGGAACCUUCCAAUGGCUCUCACUAGACAUUUAAGGGUUGUAGGCCCAGAAGCCAGGUCUCUGGGUGAACACAUCACUCACCUUCCCCUGGUCCUGGGAGGACAUUUAAUUUUGUUACUAUUGAAAACUUUAAUUCUAGCUGCCAGAAAAAAAAAAUUAGGAGAAGCAGCUUAAACACUUGCCUUAGGGCAGGCCAUAAACUAAAGAAAAAUGCAAAUUCUCCGAGGCAAUGGGCAAUCGACUGAACAGGUGCUAAACGUGUUUGUUUGUAAUGAUUAUUCAUACAAUUUGGUAAGGUUUGUGGUAAAUGUUUAUAUAAAUUAUAAUACAGUUUUAUUUGUCUAAACAGAAUAACCACGCAAAAAGCAAACUUUGUUAAUAAGAAACAGUUGUUUUAAGAAAAUGGGAUAUCUCACAUGAGAAAGAGCCUUCAUAAUUUUUUUGCCAGAAACCAAAUGUGGAAAUCUUGGUAAAAGUAAAAUUACCUAUUUGAAUUCCGUGGAUAAAACUGGGGUGCACAUUCAUGUUUUAUAUUUCUUGGCUUGAUCUUCUAAGAAACCCUUACGUGUUAUAUAGUGCCUUCACUUCAACUUUUCUUCUGUUCCCUUCUGUCUGGGGUUCCUUUUUCUACUCUUUUGUGAAAUUGUGUGAGUAGCAUGUAGUAGUGAUUUGUCUGGAUCUCCACAGUUCUCAACAUGAGGGCUGCUCCUUGCAUUUGGGGGCUCAGCUUGGGCAGGUUUCCAGCCUGUUACACCCCAUUGCUGGUUCUGCCGUCUGAGUGGAGAUAUCAGGUAACAGCAGAGCUGAGCAGGGUGGCAGAACCUGCUCCUCCAGUUUGUCAUGUGUACUGUUAUCUGUAUUUAAAUAGCCAUUUAGAAACCAAAAACAGCGAUAAAAUAGACCACAUUUCCUCAUAUUAUGUCUAACAAAUGGACUAAAAAAAUCCACUGGACGGUCCAGAUUUUUUUUUUUUUACCAGGUCAAGUAUAGUUACUGCAGUUCAGGAUCAGAAAAAACAAACAAACAAAAAGAACAAAACAAAAAUCUUUAACUUGUCCCGAGAAACAACCCUCUUGUCAAAAGUUCUUUUCCUCUUCACUCCUCAAUUGGUAUUUUCAGAAUGCGUUAGCUUCAGUGACCAAAAGGUAAAAAAAUUAUGUGUUUUCUUCUAUUUGUCUUAUGCCUGGACUUUUAAAAAGUUGCAGUUCUUACUGCCUUUAAGAUUAUAGACCUAUAAUUAUCUUGUUAGCCAUUGGCAACUCUAACUGCUUAAGUAUCUUCCAUUUCUGGGAGAAAAAAGCUCUCCUGUGAACUAAUGGCACAAAGUACCAACUUUGCAUUGGUUAGCAGUAGAUGAGUUAAAAAAUUAAAUUCAUUCAUUCAUUCA